AUGGCGUAUGCUUCAGCUUCCACUUCCUCUUUGCUUCCCACUUUCUCCAUCCCUAAUACCUCUCAUCUUGUCUCUGUGAAGCUUUCUGACACAAACUAUCUUGCUUGGGAAAGUCAGUUAGCAUCCAUUAAUGCAUCCAUCUCCAAUACUGACUUGGUCACCUAUGUGCUUCGUGGCUUAGGUCCUGACUUGCCAGAAAUUGAGGGUGUUGGAGAGGCAAGCGAGAAGAUGAAGAAAUCAGGUGCAGACGUGUUGAAGAAGAUCGUGGGUUGA